AUGAUCAAUGCCACAGAAAACGGAGACUUAUGCAUCCAGUGUGCUGAGACCGACUUCAAACGUCUCUCCAAGUUGAAUUAUUCCCAGAGUGCUUUUGUAAGGCACCUCGGCUCAAUUGAGGCACUCAAAGCCUCCAAUUGUCGGUUAUGCCGCUUUUUCGCCACUUUUGCACCGCGCAGUGCGCCAGCCGGACUGGCAUUCGAGGAUUUCGACCUGCGAGUUUUUAACACGAAUUGGGUCUUUACGGGCUCGGCCCGUGAGCCAGCAAGGAAAAACCUGUUAGGUGUUGUGCCCUCUAACUGGGGCUCUACGGCUAUCCAUGGAGGAGACAUGGCAAAAAUUCGUCUGGCUAUGGAGGAGACUGGGUACCUGAGCUUGGAGCCAUCCACAGAGGACGUACCAAUGAUUAGCAAAGUCCAAAAAGUGAACUCCAGAAAUUUUGACGUCGGCUUGGUAAAGAGUUGGAUAUCAUACUGCGAGGAUAAUCACUCGACGCGAUGCCAUGACCCGAUGGCUGUUGACCCUCCUGGUCUUCAUGUUCUUGAUUGCCGCACUCGGCAAGUUAUCUUUGCCCCUCUUGGAUGUCAAUACGUAUCGUUGUCUUACGUAUGGGGAUGUUCAACACCCCAAUCAGUGAAACGGCAACCGCCCAAGGCUAGGUUCGAAAAGGUCAUUGAGGACAGCAUCGCUGUUACCUUGAUGAUGGGAAUGCGGUACCUUUGGGUUGAUAGGCUGUGCAUAGACCAGACCGACAGGAAAAAACAACGCCACCAGAUUAAUCAGAUGGAUCUCAUAUAUGCCAGAUCCACCUUGACAAUCAUCGCAGCUGCUGGAUACGGCCCGGAACGUGGGCUGCCUGGGGCAAACGGAACGUUUAGAAACCCGCAGAGGUGGAUCACGAUUCCAGAUGGCACAACCUUGAUCUCGACUUUGCCGAUUGGGAGGCAUCUGGUCCAGAAUUCCAAAUGGAACACCCGUGGUUGGACAUACCAAGAAGGAAUUCUAAGCAGGAAGCGUCUCAUAUUCACCGACAGCCAGGUUCUCUUUGAAUGCAACGGGAUGCAUUGUUGCGAGGCGGUCUCCUUUGACCUCAGUCGGAUGCACAAAAAAACGAAGGAAAUGUUUGACAUGGAUGCCUACAGACUCGGCGCCUUUGGAGCCAAAACUCCAGGCACAAAUCCCCAAGAAUAUAUGAAAUAUGUGUCUGACUUUUCAAAACGGGAGCUCACGUAUGCAAGAGAUACACUGGAUGCUAUCCAAGGCGUUUUAAAUACGUUCACAAGGGCUAGGAACCCUAUUCACAAUUUCUGGGGCAUCCCAAUAAUUUGCAGUGAUGGGGACUUUUUCAGACGAACGGACCUCGCUUUGCUGCCUGAAAGCACGACGCGCUCGAGGUCCACUCGGUUCAUCAUUAAUCUUCUCUGGGAGCCCUCUCCUGCCUACCCUCACGGCUUUACGCGAAAAAAGGGAUUUCCUAGCUGGUCGUGGACCGGAUGGCGUGGGAAGGUUAAAGAUCACAUCUCACUGGGGAAUGUGGUGAACCAGGGCAUUUUUUUGGAUGCCCAUGUGUGGUUUUCGGAGAAGCACAAUAACCAGUGUUAUUCCAUAGAACAGCUCCCUUUACGGCCUGGAAAACACAUUCUCCAAGAUGUGUUCUCCUCGAACUUACUCCUUGAGGCACAUGUGAUUCCCCUAGAGAUUGUCAAAAUCGAAUUUUCCCAGGAGGAGAGAAGUUCGAUGAAAGGAAUGGCGGCGUCCCACGCCAAGCCACCGAACGACGGAUUCUUCGUCAAGAUCGAUACGGUCUCAGGUGGUAUCAUUUUCUCUCAACUCGAAGGGCACGAUAGCCAGCGGGCAAAUUUCGCCGAGACCCAAGACUCAUAUAUAGCCAUCCAUUCGUUCACAGAAGAGAUUAUGGGUGUCAACAGGAUGAUGUGUUCUAGCAAGGCUAUGAUUCUAGAGAGAAUCAAUAAUCACUAUGAGCGGAUUGGGUAUUUUGCCGACAUGAAGUGGGCAAACUAA